GCUGAGAAAAUUAGGGCAAGGCAAUCAAGCUUAAGAUAAAAACAAGAAUGAAACCAACAUCAAGAAUUUUUUACAUGGAAAACCCAAGGAGGUAAAAACCAUGGGACCUAGUCUAGAUAAAAACAUCCACUAUGAAAAUAGUCUAGAUAAAAACAUCCACCAUGAAAAAUAGCAAACUUACAAAGUUCAUCUCUAGAGAGAACUAAAGGAUAACAACUUCAUUCUCUCUUCCCUAGAUAGAGCUAGGGGCAUACAUAACGGAAUCUCAAGAUUCUACCCUGUUCUCAAGCUGGUUUGUAUAGUCUGACUGUUAAGGGGGAGACAACUCCGACUUUAGUCUCUAAAGUUUUUCAGCUGUCUUGCACUGCAACUCAGCUUGCAACAUCAUUCAGGUCACCCCCCAAAUUAAGAAAGGAGGACUAGGAAAUAUUCCAGCAAACAAGGCCUGCAGGAAAGGAAACCACUUUUUCGAGUAAAUCUUUAACCUAUCAAAGGAAUCUUCCUGGGUGUUCCAAUGCCCAAAAUAGAUGAACUGCUACUUACUAAUUGUAUUGUUGCAAGUAAGCAAAUUGCAGAGAGAAACACUUCUUCAGUUCAGUGUCCUUCCAACGAAAAUUUUUUACAGGGCCUGCAAACAAAGUAGAGACAAUUUUUUGCUGAUGACCUGAGUAAAGAAAUUAAUUAGAGAGAAAAUAAUACCCAACAAGGGUUGUCAUGUCAGGUUUGCAUGAUGAACUCUCAUAAGAAGUUUGAAAUUUUUAAAUUUAUUGGAGUCACAGCUUAAUUUUUAAGACAUGACUUGAGAAUGAACUCAAAAAUAUUUU